ACGAGCUAAGCCAGCGACCUGGAGAACUACGAGCAGACUGGCUGUGCUGAAGGAAGAAUUUCCUCCGCCCGCUUUAUUCCCCGGGAAAGGGAGCAGAAUGGAGGGAGGCAAACUGGCCGAAAGUGGCCCCGCGUGCUGAAAGCAAAGCAAACUAACCACAAAUGGAAUAACAGAGCGCGGGGAGAUCUCUCUGCAAUAGUCUGGAGUUGUUGCUCUUGCUUUUUUUGCUUUUCUUUCUUUUUUUAAAGAAAACCUCUCUUGAGUGGAUCGGGGCGUCGCUGCGCAGCCAAAGGGCGGAGAGCAGCGCGGGGCUGCGGGACUAACUUGCUUUUUCGGAGGAGCGAAAGAAAGAGAGAAGGUUGAAAGCGGCGUUUUUCUCUCGCGCACCCCCUCCCCAAACGUUUUGUACGGUUGUGGUUUGGAAACCGUGCAAAGCAGAUUUAUAGCACAACCCCAAAUCUCCCCCCCCCAUUGGCCUUCUGGUUUGUUUUGAACUCGCCUCCGAAUCAUAUUUAGACACAUAAAAGUAGCCAGCUCUCUUUAACCAGCUCUGUCUCCUCUCUCUCCCGCCCCCAUGCCACUGGAUGCUGCAGGCGAAUUUGGGAUUUGUAAGCGAUGCAAGUCCGAUAAAGCUGGAGUUUCCCUCCGGGACCUGAAGGAGGAUCGCUAGGUGGUUCCUUAAGGAAGCGGGUCUGCAGGAUGAAUAAAAGAUACUUACAGAAAGCCACAAAAGGAAAACUGCUAAUAAUAAUAUUUGUUGUAACACUGUGGGGCAGAAUAGCAUCUGGGGCAAACCAUCACAAAGCUCAUCAUGUUAAAACUGGAACUUGUGAAGUGGUGGCUCUCCACCGAUGUUGUAAUAAGAACAAGAUAGAAGAAAGAUCACAGACAGUCAAGUGCUCCUGCUUCCCCGGGCAGGUAGCAGGUACCACUCGAGCAGCUCCUUCUUGUGUUGAUGCUUCAAUAGUGGAACAAAAAUGGUGGUGCCAUAUGCAGCCAUGUCUUGAAGGGGAAGAAUGCAAAGUUCUUCCAGAUCGAAAAGGAUGGAGUUGUUCUUCCGGCAAUAAAGUGAAAACAACAAGGGCAAACGUGUAAAACCCUUCAAGAACAAGGAGAUUUCUGCUGUGCCUGGUGACAUUUUUUGUUUAUUCCACACACACACACACAAUAUUAUGGCUCCACGUUUGGGGCAAUAAUUGUCAUGAAUCCUACUAUUGGUCGGAUUCUCAGGAAGGGCCAGAAGGUUCGUUGAGGAGUAAAGAGUCAAAUCUCUCCUGAAAGAUGUUCCAGCUUUGCUUUGUUACUCACAGAGCAGCAGGUAACUCGAUAGCAAAAGACAAAUCAGAUCAAACUCGAGGCUGAUAACAUUAAAUACAGCCAAGUAGGAAGUUUUAAUAUCCAACUUAACAAUCCUCGAGGUCAGGCUUGAGACUGCUGGGGCAUACUAAUUAUUUCAAAGAGAACAUUCGCUGAAAUGAGCAGCCACUUGAGAUCAAAAUGUUUGGAAAGUCACACACACAAGAUUUCGACGGAGUGAACUGUGUACAUUUGUAAAAAUAGCAAAAACAUGAAGGGAUAUACGGCUGAAGAAGUAAUGCUUAAAGGACGCCGAAGAAAUAGCAAUCCUUUGGAUCCUUGCAUUGAGACUUGUGAUGUUUCACCUCGAUGAAAGCAGUAUACUUUGAAAUGUACUGAUCCAUUUCCUCUGAAACUUUCCUGGUCCUCCAUGCAAAUUAUUGGUGGGACUGUGCACUGCUGUAAUCAAACCACUGUUCCAGAAAUUGUCCUCUGACACAGCACAGUUUUAGACACUUUUAAUUUGUACUCUAAUCCUGAAGCUCCAAGGCUACAUACUUCAACAUGUCCAAGUUGCUUUUCUUAUAGGAAUGGAAAUACUAUAUAUCCAUUGUUAAUCAUUAUUGUUGGCAAGUAGUAGUUAUCUGAAUACGUCAUCCAUAAACGAAUGUAUCAUUAGUCAGACAUGUUUCCCUAAGACUAACCAACGUACUGCAAUUCCUUUUGGAUAAAUAAAGGGUGAUCGAGACAGAAUGUUCAAGCCCUUCCAAUAACAUGCUAUUAAAAUAAUCAGUUCCAUAUAAUUUCAAGAAGAUGGGCAUUUUUUGCAUACACUUUGGUUUAUUAUCAUUAGGUCCUACAAAGAUUAUGGUAAAGAAUAAAUGGCACAAGCAAGUCCCUUCAUGAAAAUAGACAGGGGUGCAUGUUAAUUUUUCCAUUCUGAGGUUCAAUGGUAUUCAUUCAGAUACGUCUUUUUGGUUUUUGUUGCUUGAAAAAAAUAUUACUAUCUGGAUGCUUAAGUAGAUGUCUGUUUCUUGAUAGGACGAAAUAGGUUUCUUCAAAUCUGGAAUCCAUUGAUGAUUUCCUUGGCCACUCCAGAUACAUUGGGUUCAUUCUGUAGUUAUUUUGUUAAACCAGAAGUUCUUUUUCUAUCUCCUAUUUCAGUAUCUAUUUUUUAAUCUUGGUGAUCUACUGUUUCAUGAAAAAUCUUAAUGUUUAAAUGCCUUAAGCAGCUGUAUACUUUUUUUUCUAAGUUAUUACAGAAUGUAUAAUUUUAUAUUCGGUUUACUAUAUUUACCAUGCUAUGUGGGAAUAUGAAGACAGAACAAAUGGUUUCUUUUGCAUUCCAUACUGAUGUUGAAAGUUAGCCUUAGAGAAGGCAAAGAGAGAAAUUUCUACUCCAUUUGUUUUGGGAGGUAAUAUGAAAACUACACCAACUCAAUCCUAACGGAAAGAAUUAUGCCCAGAACCUCAAGUUGUUUCAAAUGGUUACCAAUAUUUGUGAGGAAAGGGAACUCUUUCCCAUUGUAACAAAUAUUUGGUGUGGCUAAUUAGAAAUAAAUUGGGUUCUAUGAUGAAUGAACACCCUGAGGUACUUUUCCCUGUCAUAUGAUACAAGAUUGUACCACAACAAUUUCAUUACCUCUGUUGUAUUACGGCACUGGAUGAAAGAAAACGAAUGAUAGCUGAAAAUCGAUCUGAAAUGUAUAGUAUAUAAUUCUGCUACAGAGUAAUCCAA